GAAUCAAACGACAUUUCCUUCCAGGUUUGAUCGUCUGCUCAACAGUCAUGACAGACGCAUCGCCAGUCUUCGAUGUUUCGCAUUUCGUUCGCACUACCCACGAUCAGAUAGUCGGCGACCUGGGAGCCAGAGAUUGACCAGGUUUUCUGUCUGGCAGUCCUUGUUGACAAAUACGACUGUGCUCCCUUAAUGACAAACUACGGCGAAAUUCUCAUUUAUCGCGUGCUGGAUACCAUUACCACGAUGGAAGAACUAUGGGUAUUACUGCAUUUCACCCUACGCCUUGCAAGAUCCGAUAACGUUUUAUCCAUGGUCUCUCCUCUCCACACUGAAACACACUAUACAGCCCUGCAAUAUCGGAAUCCAGAUGAUGGCUUCAUGACACACGACCUGGUGCAUGCCAUGGGUGCAGCAACCAACAUGAACCAAAUCACUCCGCAAGGCGAGCAGAAUUCUCAAGAUACGUUAAGGCCUUGGUUAUCUUACCAUUUCACCUUACCAUCCAUGCAAGACAUGUCCAUCCUGAAAAUCUCCAAAGCACCGACCUUUCUGAGGCAAACCAAGGACGGAUCAUGUCUGUCCUUGCGUAUGCAGACCUGAUGUCUGCUGUUUGGUUCCGUAUCACUCUCUCGUUUCCAUUACCCGCGCUAUCAUUCUGGAAGGCCCACCCCGAUAGCCUUCUGGAAGCAAGGCAGUCCAACCUGAGUACUACGAUGAAUAUGAUGGCUUACACGAACACGGUACAAUUGCCGACAUGCAUGAAGAUCUCAAUUCUGAGAUGUUGCAACGACUUUGAGCCUUUCUAU